AUGAUGCGACCCCUUCUCUUAUGCCCCUUCCUCCUUGGCCCAUCUCAACAAGAUCACCACACUUUGGGCGCAGACUGGAGAAUCAUCAUCAUUCUUUUCAAUAGACCCCCGACUAUCGGACAGCUUUUAACGCCGUCUGCGCACGUCCAACUACUCUUCUUUUCUCGAGUCUGUUGUCUCAAUACCUACGCUUCGCUGUCAGUUAUGGAGAGGCUACCCCAGGAGUGUCGAGACAUUGUUGCAUCCUUUCUGGCUGGGCACGACGUGAAAAACCUGGUUCUCGUGUCGAAAAGGAAAACACUAGUAGUCCUGCAGAAGCAUGGGCGCGUCGGAACUCAGCUAUCAUUGUACGAGAAACUUGGACCGUUAUUUGUCAAUGGCAUCUCGCAAAUGACCGAACUGCAAGAGUUGGGUUUGUCUCUCAAAGGCUGGCCCCAGGAACAAGAAGAGAAUCUCUGUCAACUUUUAAUGCGGACUCGGAAAUGGGAUAAGCUCAAAUGUCUCAAAAUCUCGGCUUCGCCAGAGAUAUUAUGCGCUGUUCUCAGCCGCUGUGUUCCAGAGACCCUCGAAGCCGUUGGUAUUGAUGGGGACUACUUAACACGGAUGUACGAUGAGCUAGGUCCAUUGUUAGAUGAGCUGAUCAUUCUGAGAGUCAAAGACCAUUUCAAAGCUCUUAAAUGCCUUAGUAUCCAAGGACGUUCGCAUAUGCUUUGGGAUCCUUGCUGGACGACUGCAGUCUUUUCAGACUCGUUGAACACAGUCUGUGAUCUUCUUAACCAAACAUCGAUUCAAGAGCUCUGGCUUAGCAUGCCAUACAUACACUUCGAUCGAGCUUCUGUCCUUGAGUAUUUGAACGGGCCAGUUUCAGAUCCCGUCGAGUUUGAAGAUGCAACCGAAUCUGAGCUUGAGCGAGCGUAUCGCAAAUUGAUUGUGGAUAUUGCUUCAGCAUGCCAUCACAUUCGCAAGCUAGUUAUCGUUCAAGGGUCUGAAACUCGAUUUGAUCUUGUUGGAAUCAGCCCUCCUCACAAGUAUAUGGGAUUUACUCUUGUUGGCAUCAGCUCUCCUGGCAAGGUCAUGGAAGUCAAGUUGUGUUAG